CACUCGGCUUAGAAAACAAAUACUCAAAAAACUGGAGACCAACCCUCCAUGGCUGCAAGCUCCACUUACAUGGCUUCAUCAAGUUUCUCCAUGUUGGGUUGGGUUGGAGGGAGGAAAGGAGUGAAAGGGAAGAGGGUCUGUUCUAUAUCAGCUCAACAGCAAACAGAAGUACAACCACCUCAAGCAAAUGUAUCAGAACAGCAACAAGAGCAAGUGAAAGUGAAGCAACAACAAGAGGCGAAGCAACCAAGGCAACAGGAACCACAGCCGAUGGCUAAGAGUAAGAACAUGGCUAUGGAAUAUGGAGGGCAAUGGCUUAGUAGUGUUACUCGUCAUGUCAGGAUCUAUGCUGCCUACAUCAAUCCAGAAACCAAUGCCUUUGAUCAAACCCAAACAGAUAAACUCACCAUCAUUCUUGAUCCCACAAAUGAGUUUGUCUGGACAGAUGAGACAUGCAACAAGGUCUAUGUUUACUUCCAGGAACUUGUGGAUCACUAUGAGGGAGCUCCAUUAACAGAAUACACACUGCGUCUUAUCGGUUCGGACAUCGAACACUACAUCCGGAAGAUGUUAUACGAUGGGGAGAUCAAGUAUAACAUGGAAGCCAGGGUCCUUAACUUCAGCAUGGGGAAGCCUCGUGUGAUAUAUAAGAAAGAAGAUGACCAAAAUCAAGUUGAAAGAAAUAUGUAAACAACAUGCAUUAAUAUAAGACAGUAUAGUAAAUCAUUACUGGAACUCUGUAGCUCAGCCUAUGGAAGUUUAUGGGCACACAGGAUUUAUAGACAAUCUGGCUUAUUUCA